CCCCAGCAGGCGCAGGCCAGAGCUCAGUCACCCAGCAUGCGGGCACAGCGUAUGCGGAGGACACCGCUCAGUGUGAUCCUCGGACUCCUGUUCCUGAGCAUGGCAGCCACAAGCAAGUGCUUGGGCAAGUACCAUGAACUCCUCCUGCAGCUCCGGCGUCAGGCGGACCACAUGCAGGACACCAGCACGCUCCUGGACCCCUAUAUCCGCAUCCAAGGCCUGGACACGCCAGGACUGAAGGAGCGCUGCAGGGAGUGUCCCAGGGCCUUCCCCAGCGAGGAUGCCCUGCGGGGGCUCAGUAGACAGGGCUUCCUGCGGACCCUCAAUGCCACGCUGGGCCUCGUCCUGCACAGACUGACCGCUUUGUAUCAGGACCUCCCUGAAGCCCAGCAGUUGGUGGGACUGAACAUCCGCGGGUUCAGGAGUAACAUCCACUGCAUGUCCCUGCUGCUGCGCAGCUCCUCGGAGGCGGAGACACCUGAGCCCACUCAGCCGGGCCCCGGGCCCACGCCUCCGCCCACACCGCCCUCAGACGCCUUCCAGCACAAGUUGAAGAGCUGCAGGUUCCUGCGCGGCUACCACUGCUUCAUGCACUCUGUGGGGCAGGUCCUCCGGGAGUGGGGGGAGAGCCGGAGCCGGAGCCGGAGCCGGAGACACAGCCCCCGCCGGGCCCCUGGAGACACAGCCCCCUCCGGGCCCUGCAGAGGGGGGGCCCGCAGGAUGUGGCCCUUCCGGAGGGACAGGAGACUCAUGCCGAGGGGACACCUGCCCCGGUAG